CACCCCCGCUGCACACCCCGCUGCACCCCCCCGCUGCACAACCCGCUGCACACCCCCGCUGCAACAACCCCGCUGCACCCCGCUGCACCACCACGCUGCACACCCCCGUGCGCACCACCACUGCACACCCGCUGCACAACCCCGCUGCACACCCCCCGCUGCACACAACCCCGCUGCACCACCCCCGCUGCACACCCCCGCGCACACCCGCUGCACACCACACUGCACACCACGCUGCACACACCCCGGUGCACACCACACUGGCAACACCCCACGCUGCACACCUCGACUGCACAACCCCGCUGCACACCACGCUGCACACCACGACUGCACACCACACUGCACACCUACGCUGCACAACCCCGCUGCACACCCCCGCUGCACAACAUCGCUGCACACACCUCCGCUGCACACCCACGCUCACCACCUCGCUGCACACCUCGCCUGCACAACCCCGCUUGCACACCACGCUGCACACCACGUGCACACCACACUGCACACCACGCUGCACACCACCACUGCACACCUCGCUGCACAACCCCGCUGCACACCCCCGCUGCACACCACGCUGCACACCCCCGCUGCAACACCACGCUGCACACCCCGCUGCACACCCCCGCUGCACACCCCCGCUGCACCCCCCCGCUGCACACCCCCGCUGCACAACCCGCUGCACACCCCCGCUGCACAACCCCGCUGCACACCCCGCUGCACACCCCGUGCACACCCGCUGCACACCCCGCUCACACACCCCCGCUGGCACAAACCCGCGCCAACCCCCGCUGCACACCACGCUUGCACAACCCCCGCUGCACACCACACUGCACACCCCGCUGCACAACCCCGCUGCACAACCCGCUGCACAACCCGCCUGCACACCACGCUGCACACCAGUGAGCUACACUAAUGGGGACAGGAGGGGGCAGUGA